UCCUCUCUAUUCUUUUAUAAUCCCCCAAACCCCCCAAAUAUCAACUUGUAUAUUUCAAUUGCAUCUGUCCAUCCAAAAUAUUCAGUCAUCAGAGCGCAUGCGCCACCGCAACCUCCUCAUCCAACCGCCAUGGACAAAGAAACCCAUUUGGCCUGUUUCCCAUCCGACUACGCAGAUCUCGACCUCAGCUUCACUAGCUGCACCUCCACCUCCACCGCCCUCACUGAUCGCACCUUCGCCGCUUCCUGCUCAAGUGCUCGCUCCAGCUUAGCCCGCAGCAGCCUGACCCUCAGUUUCAACGACCGCCUCUCCACCACUUCCACUACCACCACCACCACAACAAAUCCCCUCCACCACCACCGCAAGUCGGACCCGCACUGGACGGCUAUCAAGGCUGCCACCGCCAUCUCUUCCGAUCGCACCCUCCACCUUCGCCACCUCAAGCUACUCCGCCAUGUCGGCACAGGAGACCUCGGCCGCGUCUUCCUAUGCCGCCUCCGAGACGACCGUGACAACCCUGACGCCGCCACCUUCGCCCUAAAAGUCGUCGAUAAAGAUUUACUCACCCCGAAAAAACUCGGCCACGUAAGCACCGAGGCCGAGAUCCUCUCCAUGCUCGACCACCCUUUCCUCCCUACGCUCUACGCCCGCAUCGACGUCUCCCACUACACCUGCCUCCUCAUCGACUACUGCCCGAACGGCGACCUCCACAACCUCCUCCUCAGACAGCCACUAAACCGCCUCCCUGUCUCCGCCGUUCGCUUCUUCGCGGCAGAAGUCCUCGUCGCCCUUGAGUACCUCCACGCGCUGGGAGUCGUCUAUCGGGACCUGAAACCCGAAAACAUACUCCUGCGCGAGGAUGGACAUGUUAUGUUGUCAGACUUCGAUCUUUGCUUCAAAGGAGACGUGAACCCCACCUUGCAACACCGCCGUGUUCAGAAGACGAGGCCUACUAAAAGAAAAGGUACUUAUUCCUGCUUUGGAUCGAGGAGGGAGCAGCAAGAGGAAAUGGUGGCGGAGUUCGUGGCGGAGCCGACAACCGCGUUUUCAAAAUCCUGCGUUGGGACUCACGAGUAUCUAGCCCCGGAGUUGAUAUCAGGUAACGGCCACGGUAACGGCGUUGACUGGUGGGCUUUCGGAGUGUUUAUCUACGAGCUCCUCCACGGAACGACGCCGUUUAAGGGCGUGACUAAAGAAAAUACCCUGCGUAAUAUUGCUGCGAGCAGCGGGGUGAGGUUCCGCGUGGCGGAGGAAGAAGAGGAGGGAAUGAAGGAGGCGAGGGAUUUGAUUGAGAGGCUGCUGGUGAGGGAUCCACGGAGGAGGCUGGGGUGCGCCAAGGGGGCCACAGAAAUUAAACAGCACCCGUUUUUUGUUGGGAUUAAUUGGGCCUUGAUCCGGACUUACAGGCCACCCGAGGUUAAUGGGCUCAGAAGGAAGCCUAGUAAGCCCCACGGAAACAUACUGGUUGGGCCCACACAGAAGAGAAGGAAGUGUUGGUGGAAGGCACUAGGUCAAUUUGUGAGGACUAGAUCAUCAUCUAAUUACAAGAAUAAUAGACACAGUAACAGUAAUUACUAUCAGUAUGUCAGUAAUAAAGUGGUGAGAUGAAUACCCUAUUUUGUUGUGGGGUAAAAGGUGAAAAUCCAGCGAAGAGUUUGUAUAAAUAGGUAGUGCAGCAGCAGCAGUCUCGGCAGAGAGAUGUGAUCGUGUGAGGGACUUUUUUGUGUGAAUUUUAAUGUAUAUGAAUCGGCGUUAUACAAUCAUGACUAUAUUUUAAUUUCUAAAAUAAAAUAGAAGAUUUAUAUUUAA